UAAUUGUAUCACACUGAGAUUACAUUACAAGCGUUUAAGCUUCACAAAAGAUUAACUUGAUAUUUGUCCUUGGCAUGCUUAUGAGACGUAGCAAUGAUUUGCAUUGUGUAAACUGUUUCUUUAAAAAGACUAACAAAGCAAGACACCAAAAAAUGCCUUAUUAAUGACUUAAACAUUAACAGGGCUUUCAAUGGACAAUCGUGGAACAAAUUUCAUCACGGCAUUUCCAGAGAACAUCGCAUAUUAUUUUCCGAAAAACCUUAACUAUCUCAAAAUCACUACCCUCUACCCGAACACUGACGUCAGCGUCAUCUAUGGAGGUGACGGCGUCAACAAUACUAGAAGCUUCAGCACUGCUGGGAUCACUUGGACCUUGAACUUUACAAAAGAUGUUGAAGAAUACCGGCUUACAUCAUCCAAUAAAUCCAUUAUAAUCCGCAGUAAUAACAACAUCACAGUGCUUUCCAUGACAGGAUGGCCAGAAGGCUUCAGUCUGAAGUUGUCCAGCCUGAACAAAACCUCAGGACAGUGUAUACUAUCCCCACUCUGAAUUACGCUGAGGUAAUAGGAGCAUUCGACCUUUCAGUGUCCUCGGUGGCAAGGUACAAUUCGUUUAGGCUGCUCAUCAUCAACGCAGUGAACGCAACUAAUACAGUCAGCAUUAAACGGGUAGUUACGGGAGGUCAAAACCAGGUACCGCUUAAUCCGUACUUCCUUUACCAGCUGGAGAGUAACGGUGAGGUUACAGAAGUAAGUGGGACAGACAAAAUAGCCGUGAUAUUGACUCAUCCGUGCUUUGAUUCCAACUGCUCCUGCAACAUGAUGAUGAGCCAACUUCGCCCCGUAAUGCUGAACGGAGCAUUUGACCGUUUUCCUAUAACUGUAGGCUUUCCUUACAUCAACCAGCUCUUUCUGACAACAAACCAAAGCGUACAAGUCGCUGUAGGUGAUCCACCAGCUGGCACUGGCAUUCAGGUGUCAUCUUCCACAAACAUCCUGCCCUUAUUGAAUGGUGUCAAUUAUGGACAUCAAUUAAUUACAACAUCAAUGCCAGUUUCCCUCAGAUUAAUCAUCCCUGGAAUCAUUUUAGACAUCAUUCCAGUAAGCAUGUUUUCUGGAUGCUUCUUGGUACAUUUUUAUUCCUCAAAAACUAGAGCCGUCAUCGUCGCAGAGACAUCCAGCACCGCUUUGGUGCAGAUGAAUGAUGCACCUUUGUCUGCAGCAACAUGGGAUGUAAUAAGUGGCACACAAUACUCCAUAACAACCAUUGGGACUGGAAAUACUCAACCUACAUCAGCCACCAUUUGGCAUCCCAACUCAAAAAUUGCUGUGUACAUGACAGAAAUGUGGAACUCUGGCAAAUACACAAGCCCGGCUAUAAUUAUAAACGAUGAACCAGAUCCUAAUGGCUGUAUGGUGUUGACUCCUGGGAAAUUUGUGGUUGGCAACGAGGACCUGAACUGGACGAUGUCCCGUGAGUACUGCAACAGCAAUUCUAGUAACUUUUUUAAGAUCUUACUUAAACAGAACCAGGACAUGAUGGCCACAAACAUAAUAGUCCCAGAACCCACUGAAGGCUGGAUCAGUCUGCGCCGGAGCCUGUUUAACACAGAAUGGUACUGGAGUAACAGUGACAACACUACUACCCCACUAAACUUCACUUACUGGGCAGAUAAACAGCCUGGUAUACCCGUGAGAGGUUUGUGUGCUGCAGUGUCUAUGGACCCCGGGAAGACCUUCAUGUGGAAGAGUGCACGCUGUUGCUCUUUAAAGAAACCCAUCUGCUAUAAAACCCCUACAUAUCUCAUUCUCAAUCAAACUCCUGUAUAUUAAUUUAAAAAACAUACUUUGUGGAGAAAGAAAUGCUAAAUCUAUUCAGUUGUAGUUAAGAAAGUAGAUGCUUAGUUACUUUGGCUUUCAACCAUUGGGUUUUAUAUAUAUUGGAUAAUUUAUGAAAAAUAAAAUCGUGCUAUCAUUUAAAUAUAAAAUUAAUGUUAUAUGAAAUUUGUGUCGUAGCUUUGCAUAGAUUAUAAUUUUAAUAGAACUAAAACUAUGUUCACUUCUCUAACUAAAUAUUAUGACAUUUUAUAUUUAAUUGUGGACAUUUUGGGACCGUAAACUUUUAGUUUAUAAAAUCACUGUCAAAACUAAACAGAGAUUCUUGGUUUAAAUAAAUAUAUGACAGAGUUAUGUGACCGAGUCAAAGACAAACAAACUGAUUAUGUUUUAUCUCUAUUUUAUCUCAAGUUUUUGGUCUUGUUGUAAAAGAUUUGCUUUUGCUUAUUAUUACAGUAAAAAGCAUAUUUGUUCAUGUACUCUUUGUUAAAAAUAUAAUAACUAGCUCUUUCCCUGAAUUAACUAACCCACAUUUUGUCUCCUGGUUUUACUCAAAAAUGUGGCACAUUAUGGAAUUAAAAUGUUUAUAUGUAGUGAAUGUUACUGUAUGUCCCGUCCCGUGCAAGAAAAUAAUUUAUUAUUAUUUUUAAUAUUAUUACACAUCAUUUUUUUAUUUAUCAGUAAAUCUGAGUAAUAAUAUAUUUUUCUAAAUAAAACUAUAUAAAGUUCAUAUUUUUAAACAGAUAAAGUUAAUAUUUUAUUGAUAUAGGAAAAUAAAAGUAUUUUCAAACAAAAUACUGUUACUAUUAGGCUACUCACUAUUAAAUCAUUUUAAGCUGACAUGAGGUAUAUUAAUGUCAAAACAGGGAUAAAAAUGUUGCUAGUUGCAUAUUCAUUUUGGUUUGAUUCGCUUUUACAUAGCAAAGUUUUGGAUCAGAAUUUGUUAAUAAAACUCAUGUGUGAUUAAAGUGUCCUUUCAUUGGUUAGAAUGUACAUGCAUUUG